AUGUAUCAUACGGCUAUAGUCCAUGCUAUCUCAGCGUCAUGCGAUGAUCUGCACUACAAUAAUUUUUCUGCACACUCUUUCAUCCAACAUCCAGAUAUGGCCAACGAAGUCAGCAAAAACGUCAUCUUGUUGCCUCAAACAAACCAGCUCAUUGGCUUGUACUCCAUCAUCAGAGACAAGUCUACCAAAAGAAGCGAUUUUGUUUUCUACUCGGACAGAAUCAUCAGACUCUUGGUUGAAGAAGGAUUGAACCAGUUGCCUGUGGAAAAAGCCGUCAUCAAGUGCCACGGCAGCUAUGAAUACACUGGUGCCCGUUUCUUGGGCAAGAUCUGUGGUGUUUCCAUCGUUCGUGCUGGUGAGUCGAUGGAGCAAGGUUUGAGAGACUGCUGUAGAUCGGUCAGAAUCGGUAAGAUCUUGAUUCAAAGAGAUGAAGAAACCGCCAUGCCCAAGUUGUUCUACGAGAAGUUGCCAGAGGACAUCAGUGAGAGAUACGUCUUUUUGUUGGACCCUAUGUUGGCCACGGGAGGAAGUGCCAUGAUGGCCGUGGAAGUUUUGCUUUCGAGAGGCGUUAAGAUGGACAGAAUCUUCUUUUUGAACUUGUUGGCAGCGCCAGAGGGAAUCGAGGCAUUCCAGGCCAAGUAUCCCGAUGUGAAGAUCAUCACUGGAGGAAUUGACAAAUGCUUGGAUGAGCACAAGUACAUUGUUCCAGGUUUGGGUGACUUUGGUGACAGAUACUACUGUAUCUGA